CCGCUCUUGGUUCUCAUUUCUAAUGGUGUGAAACGAGACUUGCAUUCCGCACUGAAGAGUUGGAUUUCAAACGUCGACACCGCGUGUGGCUCGGAUACGAAAUAUAACAUCUCCAGAAAUCCCCAGACAGCUAGUUAUGGUGGGCACGAGCUUCUGUGGAAGCAAACUGCCAGCUGCUUGGAGUCCUCAUCAGGCGAGCUCUGCAACUUGGUUAUUCAGCAAGCAGCUGCCGAUAAAGAUACUAAUGUACUCUGCAGCUCAUGUGCUCUGCAAUAUUUGACCACAGUCGCAAACUCGGAAUGGGGACAAAUGAUUUUGGACCCAGAAGUCGUUUCAAGCCAAAUUGACAGCUGCUCGGCGACUGCGACGUAUAGUGUCACAUAUACAGCAUCCACGGCUACCACGUCUACCACUGCACCAACUGUGACAAGCAAUGAUCGCUGCAACGUCACCGAUCCAGAUACGAUCACCUAUACGAUCCAGGGCAAUGAGACAUGUCUAGAUAUCUCAGCAUCGAAGAACGUUUCAACCCCGGCCUUAAGGACUGUAAAUAAUCUGGAUGUUGGCUGUGCCUACUUGAUGUCUGGCCAAGUACUCUGCCUUCCAGUCUCUUGUGAGACUUAUCUUGUUCGCACAAAUGAUACGUGUGACAGCAUCACGGCAAGCCUUCUUAGAUCGGUUUCUACGUCCACAUUCCGAUCAUGCAACCCCUGGAUAAAUUCGGCAUGCUCAAAUAUGAACAGUCUGGUGGGCCAAUAUCUGUGCAUCAGUCCUCCUGGAACGAGUGAAAUUCUAGAGUCGUUUCCAUUGCUCCCAGCGACAACAGCCGUUGCAGUUCCAACUGAUGCAGUCACUACAUCAAAUACAGACUGCGGCCAAUGGUAUAGCAUCAAGGAUGAUGAGACCUGCCAGACUGUGGCGUCCAAGUUCGGCAUCGAUAUAGAGGACUUUUACUUUUUGAAUCCUCAGCUUGGCCAGAACUGCAGUUCCCUCUGGCUAGGAAAUAGCUAUUGCGUUCAGGCGGUGGGAAGCAUACAAACAUACUCGGGAUACAACACUUCAUCUGCGUACACCACCCUCGAUUCAACAAUCAACCCUAGUUCCACGCUCACUGUGAACCGUACCACGACGUCAAGCCAUUUCUUCUAUUCUUUCCCUGAUCCAACCACCACUACGAUGAUAUACGACACGAGUAUUUAUGAACUUGCACGAAGCUACACGCUGUGUAGUGAGGCCAUGGCAUAUUAUAACAUCACAGGUGACACCCAAUUUACUGAUCAAAUGUAUGACGACGCAGAGAGGUAUUCGGAGUACCAACGUGUUUGUCUGGUCGAUCCGACAGCACUUCCUACAUCUCCGUUCAAUACCAGUAUUGUGCUGUCGACAACAGAGGGUUUAGCCGUCACUAGUUCAACCCCAGCGAUCACCAAAGCAUCUGCCACACUUACCUCAUCCGCUACUUCAACUUCAACGGGGACAAGCACAACGGCGACGCCAACCCCAACGGUAACCAUUUCUCCCAAUGGUUUGUGCGGUACUGCAAACCACGGAGUGGCCGGCCAUCUGAUCUUCGGAGGAGUCACCCUCAAAUUCCGCUCGUGUCCGUAG